UAUAAACAUCUGGGAUUGCAAGCUUGGUGAGAGAAGGCUUCCAUGGAUCUAGUUGUGCUGCUGGUGCUCUGUCUCUCCCUCUUGCUUCUCUUUUCACUCUGGAAGCAGAGUCAUGGGGGAGAGAAGCUGCCUCCUGGCCCCACUCCUUUCCCAAUCAUUGGAAAUAUCCUACAGUUAGAUAUUAAGGACGUCGGCAAAUCAUUAACCCAUCUUUCAAAAAUCUAUGGCCCUGUGUUCACCGUAUAUUUGGGCAGGAAGCCCACUGUGGUGAUGCACGGUUAUGAAGCAGUGAAGGAAGCACUGGUUGAGUUUGGAGAUGAGUUUUCUGGAAGAACCAAUUUCCCACUGACUGCGAGACUUAAUCAAGCAUCUGGAGUCGUUUUCAGCAAUGGAAGGAAAUGGAAGGAGAUGCGGCGUUUCUCACUCAUGACCCUGCGGAAUUUUGGGAUGGGGAAGAGGAGCAUAGAGGAGCGAGUUCAGGAGGAGGCCCGCUGCCUUGUGGAGGAGCUGAGGAAAACCAAUGCCUCACCGUGUGACCCCACCUUUAUCCUGGGUGCUGCUCCCUGCAAUGUGAUCUGCUCCGUGAUUUUCCAGAACCGUUUUGAUUACAAAGAUGCAGAUUUUCUUAACUUGAUGAGAAAAUUCAAUGAAAACUUCAAAAUUCUGAAUUCCCCCUGGUUGCAGAUUUGCAAUACUUUCCCUAUUCUCUUCGAUUAUUUCCCAGGAAGUCAUAAUACAGUCGUUAAAAACUUUGCUGAAAUAACAGAUUAUAUUUUGGAGAAAAUAAAGGAACACCAACAGACCCUGGAUGCAGAUAAUCCCCGGGAUUUCAUUGAUUGUUUCAUUAUCAAAAUGAAACAGGAAGAGAACAACGAGCAGUCUGAAUUUACUACUGAAAGCUUGAUUGGCUGUGUAACUGAUCUGUUUGUGGCUGGGACUGAGACGACGAGCACCACUCUGAGAUUCGGGCUCCUCCUCCUACUGACCAAUCCAGGCGUGGCAGCUACAAUGCAGCAGGAGAUUGAGCGUGUAAUAGGCAGAGAGAGGAUCCCCAGCAUGCAGGACAGGAGCCGCAUGCCCUACACGGACGCUGUCAUGCAUGAGAUCCAGAGAUAUGUGAACCUCAUCCCCAACAAUGUGCCCCGUGCAGCAACCUGCAACAUUAAAUUCAGAAACUACUUCAUCCCUAAGGGCACAUCCAUGAUAACUUCACUGACCUCUGUGCUGCAUGAUGACAAAGAGUUCUCCAACCCUCGGGCGUUCGAUCCUGGCCACUUCCUGGAUGAGAGUGGAAAUUUUAAGAAAAGUGACUACUUCAUGCCUUUCUCAGCAGGAAAGCGAGCGUGUGUGGGAGAGGGCCUGGCCCGCAUGGAGCUGUUUCUGUUCCUGACCACCAUCUUACAGAACUUUACCCUGAAGCCUCUGGUUGACCCAAAGGACAUUGACGUCACCCCAGUUUUCGAAGGAUUUGGCCGUGUGCCCCCCUUUUACCAGCUCAGCUUCGUUCCUGUCUGAAGGAGGGCAGGUCAUCUGGCUGCUGCUGCACUGUCACCCUCACCUCCCCCCUUCCUGGAGCCACCCAACUUUUCCUUUUUAUGAGCGCUUUCUCUGAUCUGUUCUCUGACAUUUCCUCAUUUCUCAAAGAUCAACUUUACUAGAGAGCUUUUAGGGUCUCUUCACAGAGACCCAUCAUUCCCUAUAGUCUACACCUUUUAAAUUGACCACCUUGUAGCAUCAUCUAGUGCUGUUAUUAAUGUGUUAUCACUGUAACAGUGAGCAAAAUUUUUGCAUUUGAUAAUUCAGAGACAUUUAGCUUCUGCAGCCAUUUCCCCUUAUUAGAUCAGUUCUUAGAUUUUUUCUUGUUGUGUGAUCAUAUGAUUAGGGAGAGAAGGAAAAUGUCUAAAGAAUCCAGGCUGGGACUUGCGUGGUAGUCUGGUGGCUAAAUCCUUGCCUUGAUUGUGCUGAGAUCCCACAUGGGCACUGGUUCAUGCCCCGGCUGCCCCACUUCCCAUCCAGUUCCCUGCUUGUAGCCUGGAAAAGCAAUAGAGGAUGACCCAAAGCCUUGGGAUCCUCUGUCUUUGUGGGAGACCCAGAAGAAGUUCCUGGCUCCUGGCUUUGGAGCAGCUCAGCUCUGUCCAUUGUGGCCUUGUGGAGAAUGUAGCAGUGGAUAGAACAUCUUGGUAAACCUGUCUUCCCAAAAAAGAUAAAUAAUUUUUUAUAAAAAACGCUGGUCCUCAUAAUGGUAAGUCUAGACAGGGACCAAAAAUAUGUGUAAUUAUCAAUCAAGUAUAAAAUGAAAGGUUUUGAAAGUUUGUUUAUGUUAUGAAUGAAACAUUUUAUUUGCUAAACAUUUCAAAAGGAAUGAAAGUAGGGUAUCUAAGAGAUAUUUCUGUACUCAUGUUUAUAACAGUAUUGUUCACAAUAGCCAACAUGUGGAAGCACCUCAAAUAUCCAUUGAGGAAGGAACGCAAUUACAAAAUGUGAUGUAUAUGAACAAUAGAAUCUUAUGAAGCUCCAAGAAGAAAAUUCUGUCACAUGAUACAAUAUUGAUGACUUUAGGACACUGACAAAUGAAAAAUGUCAAAUAACAAAAGACAAAUACUAUAUGAUUCCA